UCCAUGUCCUUGGAACAAGAUAGAUUGGAUAGUGUUCAGCUCUUUUUGUGUUUUUCAAUGCUAUGCAAUCUGGUUAUUUAUUUGAGCUGCUUUUGCUUAUGUUGAAUGGGUAUUACCUUAGGCAGAGAACUUUAGUUAUAUUAUGUUACGAGCAUUGUUGAAGUUCUAAAAUAAGAAGAGGAUUAAAUAAAUAUAGGUCGGUGAAAGAAUGUAAUCCAGCCUGUUACUUUGGCAGAAAUGUCUCUUCUGAUGGAUAAGAGUAUAAUACAGUGUAUCAUAUUGUUCUAGAAUGAAGACAAUCAUGUGUAUCUUCUGAUUGAAAAGUCUUACUGAUGAGGAAAAUAAAGCUGGAAGCGGAGAAUCUAUGUGCAUUCCACCAGAAUUGUCGGCUGUUUGUCUCCAGUGAAGUGAGUUGUAUAAUACAGUGUGCAGGCAAUCUGGAAGGAGCGGGCCAGCUUUGGGAUUCAAAUGGUUACAGAUUGUGAAUUUUUAAUUCAUGUUUUGGUGGAGUUGAAUUUCAUGUUUCCUUUUUUGCUGUCACUUUCGGAUACUGUAAAUGUGGCGGUAUCCCUGUUUGGAAAGAGCACAUUAGUAAUUUGUUUGAUAAAAAGCACACAAGUUUUUAAUUGGUAAAUUUUUAGUUUGAGGAUGUAUGGAAGGAGAAGAUAGUUAUGCUGUGAGAGUGGGUCUUCAGUUAUGAUUUCUGGGUACUCAAGUGGUAUGCUUCCCGACAAUACAUAUCUGAAUGCUCCUCUCUUUUAAAGAAUGAUCAGAUUGUCUACCCAGUAAUACAUACAUACGGUUGGGAACGGGGCUGUAGUCAUUACUUGAUUGUUGCAAAUGUCGUAAAAUGACAAGUUCAGCAAGAGACAGUUUCAUAUCCCCGAGUUAAAAAGACUUUGUACUAGAUAAUGUCGAGCUGUUGUAGAUGCUACUAGGAUGUCACUUAUUUGUUUUCUUUACCUUUUUGGGGCAUUGAAGGCGUCAGAUUCAAUACAUGUAAAUAAGUGGUAAAUAUGCAGCAGAUGUGGAUUGUCAGUCCUGAUUUGGUUUUGAAGUUCCUCUGCAGUUAAAAAUAUGCAGUAUGAUGGUAAGAAAAAAGGGUGCCACAAAAAUAUUCUGGCGAUGGAUUACCACAGGUCAGUUUGCUCUCAUCCUAUUUUUGUGAAGAGCAAUUUAAGGCUAAGUCUUACCUUUCACGAUUCCUUAUUGAAACCAUUGAUGCCCGAAUGUGCAAGCAGCUUUAAUAUCUUUAGGCUUUAGCAACUAGAACAGAAAUAAUAUUAGAAGUCAUAACAUAUGCCUUAACUUGGCUUCCUACAUGGUAGAAGGAGUUGGGACCCAUCCUUAUCCAGAAUAUCACUGGAAUCUUGGCUUCUGACGUGGCCUUAUCCAAGUACUAGCAUGCAAACACCCUAAUACAAAAAGCUUGCAGCGUGUCAUUAUAACAUCCAACAACUCCAACCCUGGUCACCCAUCUCUCCAGCCUAUUCAACUGCACAAAAAAUAAUUAGAAGUUAACAAGAUGGUAUCAAUAGUUCCUCUUCAGGCUAUAUUUCCCACAAAUGCACACAGGCAAUCGACAUUUGCAGAUGGCCCUUCACAUGCUGGCUUUUGUGCUCCACCAUCGAUAAGCGGUUCAACAGCCAUAUCGUGGAACAGGAUUGAGAUAAACAAGAGAAUGAGAUCUUCAACUGUGGUUGCAGCUGUUGGAGAUGUAUCCGCUGAUGGCACCAACUACCUGAUUGCCGGUGCUGCUGCAGUGGCCCUCCUUGGGACUGCCUUCCCUAUCAUAUUUGCCCGCAAGGACGUAUGUCCUGAAUGUGAUGGAGCGGGUUUCGUCCGGAAAGCAGGGGCGACCUUGAGGGCAAAUGCGGCACGGAAGGACCAGGCUCAGAUCGUAUGUGCUCGUUGCAGUGGCCUUGGCAAGCUCAACCAAAUUGACAAAUAGAUUACCUCUGUACCAUUGUUUUUGCUCUGUAAUUUUAAUCACACUUUGGCUGUUAAAGCUCUGACUUCCCUCCUAAAGCUGCUACAUCAAUAUCUCCGAGAAGUUUUAUAUAUUUGCUGUUGUUAAAGUGUUAUUUCCACGGUGUAUAUUUGCUGUUAAUCUAAUUUUCUUCGUCCUUUCUUUCCCC